GCCUGUGUGUGUUGCGAUUUGCUCGGUCACAAAACAGGUCUCGGAUUUCACAACAAGUCACAACAACAUGUCUCCAACAGGGGUUGCUCUGGGUCUAUUGCUGCUGCUGCCGCUGCUGCUGUUUGGCGUCAUGCAUGACGUCCAUUUGGCACAUGCAGCCAACGCAUGCGACCCUGGCGUGUGCAGUUGCUACGGAACUACGGUCGAUUGCGGAGCCAAAUCGCUCACCGCCUUUCCAAGCGGAAUUCCAGUCAACGCGACACAGCUGCUUCUGGGCUCCAAUCUCAUCCCCAACAUUUCGUCCACCGCGUUCGCUGGCCUGACUGCGCUUACGACCAUAUAUCUGAAUGAUAACCAGCUCACCAGCAUUCCCGCUUCUGCAUUCUCAGACCUGAGUGCGCUGAUGCUGCUAGAUCUACGAGGCAACAUUUUGAGCAGCAUUGCCGCAGACGCAUUCACAGGGCUCAUUGCGCUGAAUUCCUUGAAUCUGUACGACAACCAGAUCACUAGCAUUCCCGCAGACACAUUCACAGGCCUGACGUCGCUGAAACAGUUAUAUAUAUCCAGCAACCAGAUCACCGACAUUGCUGCAACCGUCUUCACCAGCCUGAGCGCGCUGAGUGUCUUGUAUCUGCACAGCAACAAGAUCACGAGCAUUCCUGCAAACGCAUUCACGGGCCUAACUUUACUGGCGCAAUUAUAUCUACAAAUCAAUCAGAUCACCAGCAUUGCUGCAAACACAUUCGCAGGUCUCCUUGCGCUUACACGACUGGCUUUGAAUGACAAUCCUGUCACCACUUUGCCGCCUGGUCUGUUCAAGGGCCUGAAGAAUAGCUUGGCUUUGUCCUAUUCAAACCCAUAUCUGAGCCCCAACAAUUUCACCUUUGGUGGCAACUCUGUCGCUCCACCCAGCACAUACGGCAUUGCAACCAAUCCAUACAAGUGUGAUACAGCCUGUGCCACGUGCUAUGCCUCAGGGAACGGCUCGUGUUGCGCGAUGAAUUGUCUGGCCUGCGAUUCAUCCGAUCCCUGCACUCAGUGCUAUGAAGGGUAUGGCCUGAUUGAUGGAUCUUGUGUGUCGCUCGCUUCCAUUGCGUCUGCUUCGCUCGCCUCGGCUGCCUCAACCGCCUCUGCCUCAGUUGCUUCUGUUGCGUCCACCGCAUCGGCAUCUGCUGCAUCCGUUGCAUCCUCCAUUGCACAACACGGCGGUGGCGGCUCUCAAGAUUCAUCUUCAUCGUCAGCAGCCGUCAUCGCUGCUGUUGUUGCGUGUGUUGUCGUGGUUGCGAUCAUUGCAGCGGUGUUCAUCGUGAUGCGACGACGGCGCUCGCAACGACGUUCAGGCACGCGACCGAAGGACUCUACCGGUCCGAUUCAUCAGGAGGCGAUUGAAAUGACAAUCUCUCCCCUGAUUCAUUCGCCUCGAGCUCAAAAAGAGGAGGACAUCGAAGCUUAUGCCGUGGUCGGUCAAAAGCAGCCCGAGCCUUUGUACCAAGCCAUUUCAACGAGCUCUAAGGAGGUGGUAUAUGAUUAUGCAAGUGCGUACGUUGCUGGCAGCAAUUCCCGUCGCAUCCGUGAGGGUUUGACGAUUGUGAAGCACCUCGCCAGUGGCAACUUUGGCGAUGUGGCGCUGGGUCAGCUGUCGUUCAGCGUCUUGCCCCCGCGAGCACAGAAUUUGCUUGGGCCUGCAGCAUCUGAAACCGUGCAAGUGGCAGUCAAGUCGCUCAAGUCUGAUGCAGACGAGAAAUCCCGCAAAGACUUUGAGAGCGAGGCGAAACUGAUGGCGCCGUUUGUGCAUACGAAUGUCGUGCGCUUGCUUGCGGCUCUGGUUGAGUCCGAGCCCCAUCUCGUUCUGUUGGAGUUUGUGCAAUAUGGCGAUUUGCGCACGAUGCUUCAAAAGUCCAAGCUCCGCUCGCUGUGGUGGACCCAGAACGAGCAGAUCCAUGCCAUUCGUCAGAUUGCACUUGGCAUGGAGUAUCUCGGCACGCUCCACUUUGUGCAUCGUGACCUUGCCGCGCGCAACUGCCUUGUGGGGCAAGGAAUGGUGGUCAAGAUUGCUGAUUUUGGGCUUUCUCGCGAACUCGCUUCCGAGAACGACUACUACCGCAUGCAAACGCGUGGCAAGCUUCCCGUGAAAUGGAUGGCGCCGGAAACAAUGACCUUCCGCAAGUUCUCGACCAUGUCGGAUGUGUGGGCUUUCGGCGUGACAGCUUGGGAAUGCUCGAGUCACGGUGCAAAGCCUUAUGGCGAGAUGGAUGGGCGUGACACUCUGGCUCGUGUGGAGGCUGGUGGUCGACUAGCCAUACCGGAGCACUGCUCACCUGAACUUUAUAGCCUGAUGCUUACUUGUUGGGACAUGCCGCCCGAGAAACGGCCGACCUUUGCUCAGCUCGUCCAGUCUUUGACGGCGCUCCAGGAUGGGACGACGAUUCGCGAGAUUGGUGCAAUGCUGUGAAGGUGGACACGAAAUGGGGCUCGUUUUGAUUGAUGCGAUGGUGCGCUUCGUUUGCAUUUUGAUGUCGCUCGAGUACACUUCCUUGUUGAUCGUCUGUUCAGAAUUCAAGAAAGACAAGGCAGUCCAAC